AUGCCGGGAUACGUGAACCAGCGUAUUGAAGAGCUGAGACGAAGGCUCGCAAAGGCUUCCAAACAGGAUGGUGCUGAGGUCAGUUUCCGUUUCCGAUUCCUCGAUGUGGAGUCGAAAUCGAUCUCCGAAGCGCAGGUUUGCAGCGACCACAAUUAUCCCGUCCUCUUGAAUUAUUGUGCCACUUUCGCUGGUGACUUGCCAACGAAGAAAGAAACGGAGGAAUGGGCCGAGGAAGAAGCUGGAGUUCUUCGGUCCUACGCUUCCUGGGCCUGCGACCGUGCGCAGCGUAACAAGACAACCAGGCGAUUCAUCUAG